GUCGUGGGAAAAAAAAAAUGUUGGCAUGUCCUUCACACGUGCGACAGCUUGUGCCGCCAAUCUUCGCACGCUUGUAGAGAACGACAGCAUCAUCAACCAUACGGGCAACGAGCUCCCUUGCUGGCCAUUUACUUGCUACGUCCUUCUUUCACCUCUCCAACCUGCUUCUCCUACUAGUUAUGGCCUCUUCAGCCAGUAACCAAACGCUGAUGCCAAACGUCUACGGCGGCGCCACCUCUGCUCCCCCUCCGACUCCCUCCACUCAUUCCAACAACAACCUCUUCCCCGCUUCCGACACCGCCGACGCCUUCUCCCGCCUCCUCCUCCACCGCCUACCACCUCCCACUCUCUCCCUCCCCACUCGCCGCUCCUCCGCCCCCACCACCUCACCUCCCGUCAUAUCCCUCUCCGCCGAUCAAACCCCCGCCGACGACCUCCUGACCUCCGUUUGCGACCUCGGAUUCUUCCAGCUCACCCACCACUCUAUACCUCCAGAACUCGCCAGCUCCGCCGAGUCUGAAUCGCUCGCCCUCUUCGAUCUUCCUAGAGACCAGAAGGAAUCGUUGCUCCCGAAGAACUGGCCUCUCGGUUACGAAUGCGGCGACGACGACGACGACGAUGAAGGAGACGGACAAGGGGAGUCGUUCCGCCUGGAUGGGUCGUGCUCAACAGAGUCGACCGAGUUGUCUUUGGCUUCUCUGCGCGAGUUCACCGGCGCCCUUGAGAAGUUGGGAUUAGAGAUCAUCGGUUUGCUGUCGAAGGCCAUGGAUUUCGAGAAUCCCGUUCGGGAUGACCCGACCCGAUUUUGUUCCAUGAUGUGGAUCUCGGAGUGCGGGAGGAGCACAAAACCGGCCCUAUCAAGCGGGUAUUACCCGUUCAUAGUGGGGCUGCAGUACCAGAUCAGGAGGCAGAAACACUCACUGUUGUCGGAUUCGGGUUGGGUGUCCGUGUUGCCCCACUUAGACUCGGUCCUGGUCACAAUUGGCGACAUUGCUCAGGUGUGGAGCAAUGGGAGGUUGAAGAAAGUGAGAGGGAGGGCGGUGGGAGAAGCGGCGGAAGAGAAUGGUUCGCGAAGCAUAGGCAUGACGUUACUGGUGAGUCUUCCGACGGAAAGCAGGGUGGCUCCGAUCCUUGGGAAGGCCGAAGAUAACGGAAAAGAGGAGGAAGAUGGAGAAUCAGCGGAAAAGAGGGGAGUGUUUCAAUCUUUUGAUUUUGAGGAUUAUGCUUGGAGGGUAUACCAUGAACGCCUCCUCUUAAAGGACCCGCUUGAUAGGUAUCGCAUCACCUAAACUCGGCACUGCAACAGCUCGGCUGUCAUCCAUGAUGAGAUGUGAUUGUAAAAUGUAAAUGCACCUUUUUAUUUGGGCGGUCUUGCGAAUAUGUUUAAAUUGAGAGGAGGCGUUAUUGAUUCAUUAUAUAUUGUAGAAUCUGAGUUUGGUUCUUUUAGUUUGCACUUGUUUUCUUGUGACUUCCAUUACCCAAAGGCCAAAACUAUCUACUUCCCUCGGUUGGUUUAUAGUUUUUGGAUGGUCAUGGCAUGAAAUUUACUACUCCA